AUGAUGUCCUAUGAUGUUAUUCUGGGAAUCAUAUACAUGCAAGUAACUGGAAUUGGAUUUCUAUGGAACUGUGUCAUCCUAUUCCUAAAUGUCUGUAAUUUCUUCAUUCCUCAUAGAAUAAGACCUAAAAACCUAAUUAUCAGCCAUUUGACCUUUUCCAAUGCUAUAUUUCUUCUCUUUGGGGGAAUACCCAGUGCAACAAAGAUUUGGAGAAUGAAAUGUUUACUGGGAGAACUAGGAAUUAGAAUCAUAACAUAUAUUCAGGCAAUGGGUCGAGGUCUCUCCCUAGAUAGCACCUGUCUCUUGAGUGCCUUCCAGGCCAUCACCAUUUCUCCCAAUAACUCCAGAUGGGCACAGCUCAAAAUCAGAGCACAAAAAUACAUCACUCCAUGCAUUCUUCUAUGUUGGGUAUUCAAUCUACUUAUUAAUUUGAUUGUAUUUUUCUGCCAAAUUAGCCCCCCAAAUAUCACAGAAAGUAAAUAUGGAUGCAAGACUGGGUAUAGGUUCCUAGAUAUAAAUAAUGAGGAUAACGUAAAAAUUAGAAUCUUUGCAUUUGUCCAUGAUUCUUUCUUUCUGUGUCUCAUGACUUCUUCUAGUGUCCACAUGGUUGUAAUAUUGUACAGACACAAGAGGUAUGUCAAUCAUAUUCAUAAUAAUAGUCGAUCCACAAAAAUAUCUGCUGAAACCAGAGCCACUAAAGCAAUUGUGCUUCUAGUGAGCACCUUUGUUUUGUUUAAUGUAUUCAGUCCAAUUUUUAUGCUGUAUAUGACCUAUUUUAAAUACAUGAACACCUGGAUGAUACAUAUCUCAGUCUUUUUCUCUCUGGGUUAUCCAACAGUCAGUCCUUUUCUUCUGAUCAGUGUUGAUAAACAGAUUCCCAGGGCUUGUGCUCACUGA